AUGGCACGAACGAAGCAGACCGCCCGCAAGAGCACAGGUGGCAAGGCCCCACGCAAGCAGUUGGCCACUAAGGCCGCACGCAAAAGCGCCCCGGCUACCGGUGGUGUGAAGAAACCCCAUCGUUACAGGCCCGGAACCGUCGCCCUGCGUGAAAUCCGUCGCUACCAGAAGAGCACCGACCUCUUGAUCCGUAAGAUGCCCUUCCAGCGCCUGGUUCGUGAAAUCGCCCAGGACUUCAAGACAGACCUGCGUUUCCAGAGCUCGGCUGUUUCUGCUCUGCAGGAAGCCAGCGAGGCAUACUUGGUCGGCCUAUUCGAGGACACCAACUUGUGCGCCAUCCACGCCAAGCGCGUAACAAUCAUGCCGAAGGACAUCCAGUUGGCACGCCGCAUUCGUGGCGAGCGCGCCUAA